CCGUCUAUUCCGUUGCUGAUUGUGCUACCGUAGUGCUACUGAUGCUCGCCGUUCUCGACAAUAUGGCGGCGCUCAUACGGCAUGCUCGGCAGGCGGGUUCCCGUAAAAAUCCAACGAUUCUUCUCGAUUCUGUCACGGGUGGCAACACUGGGAUAUACCGCCGCGACUUCGCUUCUAAUCACAUAAACCUUUUAAAGAGAAAAAAAGUAAAGAAACCGAUCACUACCCCGAAACACGGGAGGACCCUCGCCGCCGAAGGGGAUUCGCUCGCCGCGAAAGGCUACUUGAGACCUCAGAAACCUUACUCACCGAGCGCUGACGUUGUCCAACGUCUCGACAAAAUCUGUAACGACGAAGGUCUGGAAAUUAACGAUGAAACACGGCUGGACGAUCUGACGUCUCGUUUCAAAUUACUCAACGCUUGCUACAAGGAGUUCAAUCAUUACGUGCCGAAUUCAUUGCUUCACACUGUAGAGACUCUUGCUGAUCUACGCCAGUUUUACUUAACACCUGUGAACGUUACUAUUCCACUAGACGCUAUGAAGGGUCAGAUUUUGCCGGAAAAUCUUCACAUUUUGUACGAGUACCAUCGUUUUAAUCCCGAAACUGAUACCAUGUUCGGGGGUAAAAGUGCUUUCCCAAAGAGUUCGACGAUAGUAACUGGUCUGAAGUACAAAAAGAAGUAUGCCGGAUACACGGCCAAGACUAAAUGGCCCUAAAUAACAACCAAUCUCAUUCUGAUUCCAAAUAUCCCAAAUCAAUGUAUCAUAGAGUAGCUAUAAUUAUCCGUGUUAAAUAUCAGUGUAAAAACCAGAAAUUGUUAUUAUUUACCAAUACACGACCACAACCAUU